CCAUUUACACAUUGAAGCCGAACGCUACAUAUCUUGCGCAGUAUCUCUCUUUCUUUGCAUUGCCCAGAAUAAAAACCUUAUACUCUUUUGAGACUUUACUCAGUCUUUUCACAUACUACUUAGAAACUACCCGUCAAGAUGGACCAAGUCAUGCCUCUCGUUACCGAUGUUGAGACCAAACUCGACAAAAUCACAGCCAUCACCUCGGCAAAGGGUGCGAGUCAAAUGGGUUUCGGUGAUGUUUACACCAUGGUCACGCAAGGAAAAUCCGUCUCUUCAACUAUCAAUAAAUUGAUCAAGGUGUAUACCGUUUGUCUCACCUUUCUUUUUGCUCCUGCUUCUCCCUUGCACCUUGCAAUCCCGUUGUCCAUCCCUUUUCCCCUGCUGUUCUUAACUUCUCUUCCCAGAAAGCAAACCCAACACCAACCGAGAGCCAAGCUCUCAUGCCCCAAAUGCGACACAUCUUCGAGAUGGAAGAGCAACAAAUGAAAUUCGCCCUCGACAACAAGACCACCUUUGACAAGAUCUACGUCUGUGGCAUGAUCAAGAAGAACCUCGUGAGGAACGAGCAGCAAGGCAACGCUCUCGCCGAGCUCCUGAUCCAGAAGACUGAGGGAAGCGACAAGGAAGAGGCGGUGGCUAUUGGGGAGCGCGUACGAAAGGGGUUCGAGAAGACCCUGGGGGUUUACAAGGGUGCUACUGGUGGUGAGGAUAAGUUUGAUUAGAUGGACUGAUGAUGGGGGAAUUCAACUGGGGAUUAUCAGAUCGCUUGGAUGGAUGGUUUUUUUUGUAGUUUUAUUGUGUUGUAUGAGUUGUCGGUCGUUUUUUAUUGGGGCUGUGUUGAAUCCUCACUCACUUGGUUGCUGUAGUCCCC